AUGGUACACAGACUUUUCAAACGGCCGUCUGUUCCAUCUCCCUUCCCAAAUCGCCGUCGGGCUCCCUUCCCCAAAUCCUCCGCCGUCCCCAAUCUACUGCCGUCGAUCCUCCUCCCCCCUAAAUCGAACUCCUUGUCGCCGGUCGUCGAACCGUCGGUCGAGGGCGCUGAGCUUGGAGGUUUCGGCCGGGAACACGGUUGUUCACCGUCAAGGGCGAAUUUGUCUCCCUCCCAAAAUCUCAGUUCCAUCUCAAAUCAAGGGGAAGGCCUAAUCUCAAUGUCUCCGUUCAAACCACCGUCGCUGACGCGCCUGGUAUCCUGCCGGAAUUUAUUCCGGCAGCAGAAAUCGAAUUUUUAUAGUUGCAGCCAGAAUCGGCACCUGAAUCGCAUUUCUGGUACUGUGGCUUUUCCUUCGUCGGAUAAAAUUGUAGACCGUCGUUACAAGAAUUAUAAAAUCUCGGAUUUCGUAAAUUCAUCAAGUGCUGGCGGAGAUGUUUUCCAGAAAAGAGGCUUUUUGGGUUGCUCCGAUGGCGGAGAGGGGAGCAAUCUAUCCAAAGUGUACGAAGAAAGACGUGUUUUAGGAUACUCACAGGAACAAUUGUUCAAUGUGGUUGCUGGUGUUGAUAUGUACCAAGAAUUUCUUCCUUGGUGUCAAAGGUCAGAAAUAAUUCGGCGCAAUCCUGAUGGAACUUUUGAUGCUGAAUUAGAAAUCGGGUUUAAAUUUCUCGUUGAAAGCUAUAUAUCCCAUGUGGAACUAAGCAAACCGAAUUCUAUUAAGACAACCUCAUCUCAAAGCAGCCUUUUUGAUCAUUUGAUCAAUGUUUGGGAGUUUAGCCCUGGGCCUGUUCCAGGAACCUGCAACCUUUAUUUCUUAGUCGACUUCAAGUUCAAGUCGCCAUUUUAUCGACAAAUUGCAGACAUGUUCUUCAAGGAAGUGGUGUCUCGACUGGUUGGCUCGUUUAACGACCGCUGUAAACUGAUAUAUGGGCCUGGCUUACCCAUUCUUGAAAAUACUUAUGAUCAGAGAGCAUGA